UUGCACAAAAGUAGAAUUAAGACAUCCGGGAUAAAUGACUCAGCUGAGCUCAAUGAAGCCAAAACAUGUGCGUCCAGGCUUAAUUGGUUGCACAAAGACCAAGCCAGGAUGAGCAGACACGGAUUCAUUAAGCCAGGUGAAACCAAUCCUGGAUAGGUGCGCGCUCACGGCUCACUCAAAUAGACCCCGCCACAGAUCACAGAUUAACUGAUUUACCAUGGCAACUAGAGCCGCGUACUUUUCCCCGUCGGAAGCACAAAUCCUCAUGGAGGCAUACGAGGAGGUAAAAGAUAUAAUUAAGAAGAAAGGCAACACCGCCACAGUGAUAAAGCAAAGAGAAAAAGCGUGGCAAAGUAUUGCAGACCGCCUGAAUGCAUUAAACAUGAACGGGCCAAAACGGACAUGGCAGCAGGUCAAAAUCAAAUACAAGAACAUUCUGCAGAAUGCAGUGAAAAAGAAUACCCACAGACAAGGCACGGGUGGUGGGUCACCAAAGGCUGACCUUACCCCAGCAGAGGACAUGGCCUUGGAGCUAAAUAAAGGCAGGCCCGUCUUAGAGGGGAUCCCUGGGGGGAAAGAGACGAGCAUAGGUUCCUCCCAAGAUGCCACCCGCUUCAUUCAAGUGUCUGGCAGCACUGUGUUCCUGUUAGAGCCACCAGCACAAGCACCAGACGAUGCUGAUCCAGGUGAAGGCCCCAGUGCAGCAGCAACAGCACAUGAUGGAGACGAUGAUGAGGAGGAGACCAUCUCUGGAUUCCAGAAGGCAUGAGGACCCAGAUGCUAUACAGUGGGAAAACCAGCCUGGCAACAUAAGCUCACAAGCUAUCAGAAAGUUGUAUGGCAACCACCUCCGGCGCCAAAUAGAACUGGCAGACAUAGACAUUCAGUACAAGAAGAAAAAGAUGGAAAAUCUUGCACUGGAGUCCGAAAUAAAAAAGAGGACAAUUAGGAAACUGGACCUUGAAAUAAAAAAACUUGAGAGGGAGCUCCAAGAAGAUGACACAGCUGAAAAUAAAAAUUAGGUAUAUUCUCGUAAAGUCAAGUGAGCCAUGACAUAUGAGCUCUUAUUGUGAGCACACAGGACGGUGGCAUCUUUCUAAGGUUUUUUUUAUUUUCCCAGCAAUCAGUACAACCAAGUCAUCGUUAUAAGGCAUCGCCCUCUUUUGCCCACCCCCCCAGCACCAGGUGUGGCCACUAGCCUAUAUGAAGGCCCAAAAUUGUGUGUUCCUUUCUGCUCUGACAAUGGCAUGCCCAUUCGUGCGAGAUGUGGUGGAUGAAGAAGCACUUGUGCUGAGGAGAGCCUUCAGGCGAGAAAGGGUCUUCAGGGACCGGUUGGACCCACUGGCCUUCCCUGAUGACCAUCUAUAUGAAAGAUACAGGUUUUCUGCAGAUGGCAUCAGGUAUCUAUGCAGACUACUGGGUCCCAGGAUUAAGCACCGCACUGCACGGAGCCAUGCACUGAGUGUGGAGCAAAUGGUUUGUGUGGCCUUGCGCUUUUUUGCUAGUGGAGCCUUCCUGUACUCAGUGGGGGAUGCAGAACAGCUGAACAAGGCCACAAUUUGCCGCACAAUAAGGAGUGUGUGUCUGGCUAUCAAAGCAUUAGCAGAUGUCUUCAUCUCCUUCCCUGGCCACAGAAGACUCUGUGACAUCAAAGAGGAGUUCUAUAGGAUUGCAGGUUUCCCCAAUGUCAUUGGUGCAGUGGACUGCACACACAUAAGGAUAAAAGCCCCCUCAGGUGCCCAUGAGGCCGAUUUUGUGAAUAGGAAAUCCUUUCACAGCAUUAAUGUUCAGAUGGUCUGCAAUGCUGACUGUGUGAUCAGCAAUGUUGUGGCAAAAUGGCCUGGCUCAGUCCAUGACUCCAGAAUCUUUCGGGCCUCUGAAAUCUAUCAGUGCCUAUCACAAGGUGAAUUCUCUGGUGUGUUGCUGGGAGACAGGGGGUAUGGCUGCCAGCCUUUUCUCCUGACACCUUUCACAGACCCCCAGGAAGCACAGCAGGCCUACAACCAUGCCCAUGCCAGGACCAGGGCCAGAGUUGAAAUGACCUUUGGCCUCCUGAAGGCACGCUUUCACUGCCUUCACAAAUUAAGGGUCAGCCCUGUUAGGGCAUGUGAUAUUACUGUGGCUUGUGCUGUCCUCCACAAUGUGGCCUGCCUGAGGAAGGAGAGGGCCCCCAGAGUGCCACCAGCCAUGGACUGGGACAAUCCGGCAAUCUUCCCUGAUGACGACAGUGGUCGGCUGCUGAGGGACCAAUAUGUGUUGAAUUAUUUUAGUUAGUAUGUGUGCUUUCAAUUUUGGUUAAAUAUGUCCUGCGGUGGCAGAGGAAUUUGUUUUUUUUUGGGUUCGUUUUUUUACGAAUUUGGCCUCUUAUGAUGUUUGUGCGGUAUACUGUGUGUAAUACAAGGCUGCAGGGAGGCUACUGCAUCCAUUCAUUUGUCUGUUCAGUUGAUGUGUAUGGAUUUGUCCUGCAUUUAUUUUAGUGUGCAGACAUGCAGGGUGUGUUAUAUACAGACCUUUGAAUGUGUAUGUAUCAUUUUGUAUAAUAUGCUUGGAUUCUGUGCUUUCCAUCUUGUAGAGUCACUGUGACUUCAGUUUCGAAAGGAGCUGAUGGUUUAC